GUUUAGUCGUUCGCCGACUGUCUCGGAGCGCGGGUUUGCGUCUCCUCUUCUUUCCUCUUCCACACACACACACACAUACAUACACAUAAAUAUUCCAUUCAAUCUACCUUGGUGGCGACGUGCACGCACCACACCCGAGCAGAAACGUAGGCAGAGAGACGCGCAGCGCGAACACGGCAUACACACGCGUACACCCACACCAUUCUUGACCCUUGAAUCGCGCGUAGUGAUAAUUUCCUCUCUCUCGCGCGCGCGCGCGCGCGCGCACGCCUGAUCGCGGUGGGAAAAGCGAGCGAACGGCAGUCGGCUGGAAGAGCGACUCGGCAAUCUCGGUGAAGCAGGAAGACGAAUAAGGGGGAAGUGUCCGUUGUUGCGAUUCGCAAGUGUGAUUAAUCCGCAUCAGAAAGAGAGAGAGAGAGAGAGGUCCCCUCACUCCUCAUUUACCCACCGAGCGGUAAAGUGUCGAUUUUGGAAGUAAGGGUGACCGGAUAGUAAGCCGCCACCAUGAUCGUGGACGAUAAACAGGAAAUGGAGAAUUUCUGGAUCAGCGGCGCGAUCCACGCGAUCAAGGCUCUGUCGUACGUGUACGACCUGCUGACUUUCCCCGUGUAUCUCAUACUACAACGACCUUGGGAGAAGCGCAAGGCCUCGAGGCGGAUCAAGGCCCGUCCAAUCUCCAAGGAUGAGAGCCAGGUGACCUAUCGAAGCGUCGACUCUCCGGGGUUGAUGCACAUCAUGCUGGAGCGCGAGAAAAUCGACACUCUGGAAAAGGUGCUUCUCUGGGUCGUUAAGAUGCACGGCGAAAAGAGGUGUCUCGGCACCAGGCAGAUCUUAGCGGAGGAAGACGAGCCUCAGCCCAACGGUAGAGUUUUCAAAAAGUAUAAAAUGGGAGAGUACAAAUGGAAGACGUUCGGCGACGUCGACAGGCUGGCCAGUUCCUUCGGCCAAGGCCUGCUGGAGCUGGGCAUGAGGCCGCGCAAGAACGUCGUUAUCUUCGCGGAGACGAGGGCGGAGUGGAUGAUAGCGGCGCACGCGUGCUUCAAGCAAAACUUCACGGUGGUGACGAUCUACGCGACUCUGGGCGACGAGGCUAUCGCGCACGGCAUCAACGAGACCGAGGUGGACACUGUCAUUACGAGUCACGAUCUUUUGCCAAAGUUUAAGCGGCUGCUUGACAUGGUGCCGGAGGUCAGGACCGUCAUUUACAUGGAGGACCAACUGAAAUCGACCGACACCAAAGGCUACAAGGACGGAGUGCGGCUGAUACCCUUCUCCGACGUUAUCAAGACGGGCAUCCAGUCGACCGCGAGCGGCACCUCGCCGAAGAGCGACGACACCGCCAUAAUUAUGUACACAUCGGGUUCGACGGGGGUGCCGAAAGGCGUCCUGCUCUCUCACAAAAAUAUCAUGUCCACUUUGAAAGCGUUCUGCGAUGCAGUGACGAUUAGGCCGGACGACGUCUUCCUCGGCUUCCUGCCGCUGGCCCACGUCUUCGAGCUCCUGGCCGAGAGUGUGUGUCUUUUGAACGGAGUGCCUAUCGGUUACAGCUCGCCGCUCACGCUGAUCGACUCGAGCAGCAAGAUUCAGAGAGGAUCGAAGGGUGACGCUUCCGUUCUGCAUCCGACUUGUUUGACCGCCGUACCGCUUAUUCUCGAUCGCAUCUCCAAAGGAAUAAACGAAAAAGUGAAGAAGUCCGGCCUGUUCAGGCAAGCGAUCUUCAAUUUCGCGUACGAGUACAAGCUGAAGUGGACCAAGCGGGGCUACGAGACGCCUCUUUUCGACAAGUAUAUUUUCGGAGCGGCGAAACAGGUGCUCGGCGGUCGCGUCAGGCUCGUUCUGUCCGGCGGUGCCCCGCUCAGCCCGGACACGCAUAAUCAAGUGAAACUCUGCCUGUGCAUCACCGUAACUCAAGGAUACGGACUCACGGAAACAACAUCUUGCGCAACUGUGAUGGACGCGUUUGACAGGACCACCGGAAGAGUCGGAGCGCCCACCACGGUUUGCGACAUCAGGUUAGAGAAUUGGGAAGAGGCUGGUUACCGAGUCACGGACCAUCCGCAUCCCAGAGGGGAGAUCUUGAUCGGUGGCGAUAUUGUUUCGGCGGGCUACUACAAACUGUCGGACAAGACGAAGGAGGACUUCUUCCAGGAGGACGGCAGACAGUGGUUCCGAACAGGUGACAUCGGCGAAUUCCAUCCGGACGGCUCCAUCAAGAUUAUCGACCGGAAGAAGGACUUGGUUAAGCUCCAACUCGGCGAAUACGUUUCCCUGGGCAAAGUCGAAUCCGAAUUGAAGACUUGCCCCGUCGUAGAGAACAUUUGCGUCUACGGAGACGCGAAUAAAGCGUACACCGUCGCGCUCGUCGUGCCUAACCAACAUUAUUUGGACGAAAUCGCCGACACUCUGGGGAUAACCGAAAAGAGGAGCCUCGAGGAGCUCUGCAGUAAUCCGGAGAUUGAGAAAGCGGUACUUCAAGAACUCGUUGAGCAGGCGAAGAAAUGCAAGCUCCAGAGGUUCGAGAUACCCGGCGCGGUGAAGCUGUGCGCGGAACAAUGGUCGCCCGACAUGGGACUCGUGACCGCGGCGUUCAAGCUGAAGAGAAAAGCAGUUCAGGAACGCUAUCAACACGAAAUCAACAGGAUGUACGCCUCGUGAUGUUCCGCCAUAGGUUGCACCAAGUGUUGCGCGUAACGGGAAUCGAAAUCUAAGAAAUCAUCUCGUCCAACAGACGGUACCUCGUUAAUCCUCAGAUACACAUAAACUUUGUCGUAAGCCCACGGCCGUAAGCGCGCCGAAUUACGGCGCACGUAUCGGACGUUCGCGGCAGCCGCGUGCAAUCGAGAUCAAACUUCCGAUCCCGUCCGGCGUUCGGCCCGGACUGUCGUCGUCGCGUGGCGAAAAAGUCACUCGGAGAAACGCCGAGAUUUUUCGAUUCGAAAAAAAAGAGGGAAAAAAAAUAGAAAAAAAAAAAUGAAAGUAUCGCCUCUCGCAUUUCUUCGUUUGGGUCUUCCGAAUGUAAUAAAUUUCUCGCGAUUUCUCAUCGAUAUCAAUUGUCUGUCGCAGACAAGUUGAAUAUGGUAGCGUAAGUCGAACGCUCGGCCGCGAGAGCGGCGAGUGUCCAUUCAGCCCAGCCGAUACGAAGUAGAACUUGGCUCGCGCUCGCCGAGUAUCGACUUUACGCAGCCGUUAUCGCGAAGUGAUAAUGAUCGAUGUGUUAAAGUUACGCGAUACAGCGCGACGCGUGUCGGCGAGAAAGAAAUACGUGGUGCAAGACGAUUAUUCCGUUGGGAAAAUCGCCGUCGUCCUAUUUUCCUCCCCCCACAUCCUCCCCCCUCCUACCCCCUUUAUCGAUUACGCCGAUCGAUUUGUUGUGCCUGUAUUCGUAGUAGUGCACCCACCUAAUUGUUAGUGUUAAUGGGCCAGUCACGAUACCUUCGCGAACGAGCCGACUCGGCGCAAGCCAGGCGACUCGUGCGCUGUACUUAUUUCAAAUGUUAUUCAAAAUCGUCGAGUUCGAUCUUUCGGAAGGGACAACUUCGCGCGGGGAUCAAAGCCCCCCCGGUGGGCGUUUCGCUUUCCUGCGAACGACACGACAUAUGUAUUUAUAGAGGAGAAAUGAGAAACGAAGCUGUUUGUGUUCCGGCACGCUUAGAUAAAUUCAAAGGGCAAUUUCAAUGAAUAGAAUAAUAAUUAUGUGAAUUAAAUUUCUCUCUCAUCGACUACUACCACUUAGCGUUAUACUUCGUCUUAUACCGUCUGUGUAGUGAUAUGUCAAACAUACUUCUGCCUACUUUUCGAAAUACCAGUUCAAGCAUCACGAUAUUCCCAGCAACAGAAAUUGUAUUUUUGUGUAUGCAUGUAUGUGUGAGUACAUGUGUGUGUAAACGCGUUUGUUUCAUUGUUGUAUGCUUGUAUGCACAUAUGUCCACGAGGGGAGAAAAAAAAAAAGAUUAGGGAAUAAAACGUAUGUGAGCUUAAGAGGAAAGAGAAAAA